UUCUCUCAUUCCACCAGAGCAAUUUACUGUUGCUGUGGGUGUGCACUCUCAACUGUCUUUAAUGCUAAACUCAGCGGUAUCAGCUGGCAUGCAUCAGAUAGUGAAAGUGUCAGAUAUUCUGGUUCAUGAGAAUUACUCCGGAGUUUUACAUGGAAAUGACAUUGCUUUACUGCGUCUUGCUCAGCCUGUCAACUUCACAGAGUAUGUGCAGCCCAUUUGUUUGCCCCGAGCCAAUCACAGUUUCCCUCAUGGAGCUUCCUGCUGGGCCACAGGUUGGGGACAUGUCCAAGAGAAAGUACGGCAACUGCCCCAGUCAGGCUUGAUACUCCAGCAACUGGAACUGAAGAUCAUUGGACCCAAAGAAUGUCAGUGUCUCUUCAACUACAAAGGUCCCUUUAACAUAACUGGGAAAUUGUUACCUACUAUGCUAUGUGCUGGCUACAAGGAAGGGAAAAGGGAUACCUGCCAGGGGGACUCUGGAGGCCCACUUGUCUGUGAGGAACAAGGCCAGUGGUUCCUGGCUGGAAUCACCAGUUUUGGCCAUGGCUGUGCAAGGAGGAACCGGCCAGGGGUCUUUGCAAAUGUGGUGGCCUUUGAAGACUGGAUCAGGGAACGAGUGGAAGGCGCAGCUUUCCCUGAGCAACCUGAGCCGAUCCCAAUGCCUUUGGUAGAAGACUCUGACAAUUGUACUAUUGCCUUGCCAGAAUGUGGCAUUGCUCCCAGACCUGGUGACUGGCCCUGGAAAGCUGUAAUAAUUACUCCAGCAUCUCUACCCUGCCAUGGGGUGUUGGUAGCAGAGAAAUGGGUUCUUGCACCAGCCAGCUGCUUUCUGGGCCUAAAAGACAUCAGUAGUUGGCAUGUGAUGCUUCCACCCAAGGCACAAAGGAUACCUAUUCUCCGCGCACUGUUAAAUGUCAACUUCACAAGGGAUUAUGAGUAUGACCUGGCCCUCUUGGAGCUAGCAGUCCCAGUGUCUUUUACUGAGGAUACAAGGGCCGUGUGUUUACCCCGUCUGAAUCACUACUUUUUGCCCAGUAGCCAGUGCCGUCUGAUCCAAUGGGGCCGGGGAGAGCCACCCCUGGCUUCCCCGUCCCUGUUGGAAGCUGAAAUGGCAUCUAACUGGUGGUGUUAUUGCGUCCAUGGCUCGAAGGUGGACAGGGUACCCAACCCCUUGGAGAAUCCUAGCAUCCUGUGUGCUGAAUACCAUGAAGAGAGGAGAAAAAAUGGCUGUUGGAUGGGAAGUCGCUUUGGGGCCUCUUAUAGAGAUCAGGAUCCUGGUUUCUAG